AUGAGCUCCACUCGUCUCCCUUCGCUCAACCAGUUAGCUGCGCGCAUCAACCCGGCGAAUCCCACAUCGUCCCAGUCGGGAGCGGGUCAAUCAUCUAAUCAACCCCAGGGCCAAGCCCAGAACAGACCACGUCUUGCGGCAUUUGCAUUGAGAACCCAUUCCAACUCUUCGCUGGCGACGACCGCGUCGACCACCGAUUCCGUGGCUGUCAAUGUACCAAGUACCCGCGCAGCGUCGCCGUCUAACCUUUCGACAUCGCCCCCGAGAUCGGAUACACCAACGGUUGUGGAGCCCCAGGGCGAACCUUUGACCAAGGAAGGUUUGGAGAAGCUCAACGAGGAGACGGCGCACAACAACAAUACAGUCACCGAGAAGAAGAAGGGAGUGCGAGUUGGCUAUAAGAACAUACCUAGCUUAGACGCCAUCACUGCUCGAUUGGCCAAUGUCAAGGAACGGGGGCUCAGUAUUGAUGGGUCGGCUAGACCUCCCGAGGCAGAGAUGAUAGAGGAUCCAAAGACACCAGGAUUGCAGAUGAAAGCACCCGAGCAUCCGUUACAGUAUACGUGGACGAUCUACCACGACACCAAGGCCAAGUUUCCAUUUACCCCCGCUUCUUCCACGGCUGGCGGCGUCCCCAGCGCUCCCCAGUCUGCUGUUGACCCCGGAUUCCCUCAUACCGCCGAGCCGGCGUCGUACGAAGCCAACCUGACCGUCAUCGGCGAAUUCGACACCGUUGAAUCGUUCUGCCGCUACUUCAACUGGCUCAAGCCGCCCUCUGCACUGACGCCUAACUCGAACUACCACCUAUUCAAGCACGGGAUCAAGCCGAUGUGGGAGGACCCGUCGAAUGCGCAAGGCGGCAAGUGGGUGAUCACGAUGCGCAACAACCCGGCGCUGCUGGACCAGUGCUGGAAGUGGCUGGCGAUGGCUCUGAUCGGGGAGGAGCUGGAGGAGGGGGACGACGAGAUCUGCGGGGCGGUGGUCAGUCUGCGGAGCAAGGUGGACCGGAUCCAGGUGUGGACACGGAGCAAGGAGGACGUGGAGCGGCUGAAUGGGAUCGGGAAGCGGCUGAUCAAGCUUCUGGAUGUGAGCGAGGCAGACGGGAUUGGGUUGGAAUUCCAGUAUAACACUGAAGACCGACCGUUGCCGAACAAGUUCAUCUCGAUCCAGUCGCUUCCUUCUACGUCGUUCAGGGCGGGGUUCCAAGGGGGUGGGGGAACGCCUACCACGGCGGAGCACCCAUCGACUCCUCACCAAGCGACGUCUGGGCACGCGCAUAGUCUCUCACAGGGGGCUAGUGGAGGGACGAAUGCGCAACAAGCAUAUGGCGCAUUCGGUAGCUUUGGGGUGGGGAUUGGGCCGGGCCAGGGCGCACCUGGUGGGGGCAACGCUUGGAGACCCAGGAGGGGCUAG